CUGCUAGAGGAUCCAUCUGGUUAGAAAGAGAAGAGAGAGCCCGGCAACAUUAUGAAAAACAUCUAGAGGAACGCAGAAAGAAACUAGAAGAGCAGAGGUUAAAGGAAGAGAGAAGGCGAGCUGCUGUAGAGGAGAAGCGAAGGCAGAGAAUAGAAGAAGAUAAGGAACGACAUGAAGCUGUUGUACGUCGCACAAUUGAAAGAAGCCAGAAGCCAAAACAAAAGCAAAACAGGUGGUCCUGGGGAGGAACACUACAUAGCCGCAUUAAUAACACAGAUCCAGACAGGCGGUCUGUUUCAACAAUGAACCUUUCGAAACAUGUUGAUCCAGUCAUUAACAAGCGGCUCUCCUCCUCAUCUGCAACAUUACUAAAUUCUUCAGACAGAGCUCGCCGUCUACAGCUCAGUCCAUGGGAGAGCAGUAUUGUUAGCCGGCUCCUGACGCCCACUCACUCAUUCCUGGCUCGAAGUAAAAGCACAGCUGCAUUGUCUGGAGAUGCAGCAUCUUGCAGCCCCAUCAGUCCUCUGUCCUACAAGGCCGUGAGCUGUAGGAAUCCAGGAGACCGAGCAAAGCUUUAUGCCUCUACUGAUGCUGUUGGACGUAGGAGAACAACACAUCUUGCAGGGACUGACAAAAAAGAAAAGGAGAGAGACCAUUUGUCAUCCAGUUUCUCAGCCAGCUUUAAAGGAGGUCAUUUUUCUUCCAACCUGAAAGCUAGAUCACCAGCUCCCUCUCCAGUUUGGCACGCAUCAAAGUCUCUGCCUUUCUUGCCUGGCACACCCAAGCAGGUUACUUCUCCACCUGCUUCCUCCAAAAUUUCCUCUGCUCAGGCAUGUCCUCCUUCUCCUGGCAACAUCCGCCCAGUCAAAAAAGAGGUCAAAACAGAGAGUGAGAAGAAAAGACCAGAAAAGGAGGCUGAAAAGGCCAAGGAGAAGAGGACAGAAGAGAGUAAAGGAACUUCAGCAGGUGUUGAAGAAUAUGCAAGUCAGGAGGAGCUCACUGUCCAGGCAGAGCUCGCUCAAGCAGCCAGCCCAUCUCUACCUCCUGCUCUGCCAGCUCUUUCUCCCCUGCCAGCCCCCACAAAGACCUCUGCAGGUACAACUGAUCCUGAAGAAGCAACGAGACUGCUGGCUGAGAAGAGGCGCCUUGCCCGUGAGCAGCGGGAACGGGAGGAGCAAGAAAGGAGGGAGAGAGAGGAGCUUGAAAGACAAAAGAAGGAGGAGCUGUCACAGAGGAUAGCUGAAGAACGAGCUCGCCGAGAAGAGGAAGAGGCUCGCAGACAGGAAGCAGAAAAAAAACGAAAGGAUGUAGAAGAGGAGCGGGAAAAGGAAGAACGGCUGCGCCGACAGGCAGAAGAGAGAGAGCAGAAGGAGAAAGAAGAGAUGGAGCGCAUUCAGAAACAAAAAGAGGAGGAAGCUCGCCUACGGGAAGAGGCAGAGCGGAUUCGAUUAGAACGUGAAAAGCAUUUCCAAAGAGAAGAGCAAGAGCGCUUGGAAAGGAAGAAGAGGCUUGAGGAGAUCAUGAAGAGAACUAGGCGUGUAGAAGCUGUAGAUAAGAAACCCAAUGACCAGCACAAUGGACAUAUAUCAAAGGCAAAUAUUACUGGAGAAGCAGUCAUAACCAGUCCUGCAUCUCUCUUGGAACCUGCAGGAGGACUUCAGCUCCAGCAUGCAACGCAAUCUCCACACAACGGGAAACCUGCCACCUGCACACAUGUGAUUGUUUCACAUCAACCCCCUGUAAAUAUGGACAG